AUGGGGAUAGAAGAUACCACCCUUGAUGUCGAGGAGACGACUGAACCUCCUAUACGUGGCCCCGUAGAGGAACGUACAUCCAAGGGCACUGCUUCUCCCGCCGAAAAGGAAGCCGGAUCUGCCGGCACCACUCUGACCUCUCCGCCAUCGACCGACCUCUCCACAGACGACGGCAAAGAAGGCUGCGGCUUCAAGGACGCCCACACCGUACCCGCGGCCAUUGUCGCCCGGGUGCUAGGCGUCGAUCCUCAGAAUGGACUCACUCGUGCCGAAGCCGCGUCUCGCCUUGAGCGAGACGGGCUUAACAAAGUUGAGGGAGCUAAAGGGCUUUCCCUGUGGAAAAUCAUGUUGAGACAGGUCUCGAACAGCCUGACCCUAGUUCUCCUGAUUGUCAUGGCUCUUAGCUUUGGCAUUCAUGACUACAUCGAAGGUGGUGUCAUAACGGCUGUCAUUCUACUUAACAUCGUCGUUGGAUUCGUCCAGGACUACCACGCAGAGAAGGCCAUCAUCUCAUUGUACGCGCUAUCUGCGCCCGUUUCCAAGGUAAUGCGAGACGGAGCAAUUGAGCAUGCCAAAGCCGAGACUGUCGUCGUCGGCGACAUUGUCCAUCUCAAUGUUGGCGACAUUGUACCCGCAGACUUGCGGCUGAUUGAUGGUAUCAAUGUAUCCACCGAUGAAGCCCUUCUGACCGGAGAGUCACUGCCCGUGAACAAAACCCCACACAAGAUUUUCGAGAAUUCUGACAUACCUGUCGGAGACCGCACCAACAUGGCAUACUCGGCCUCUACCAUGUCUCAGGGAAGAGCCACUGGUAUUGUCGUGGCAACCGGCGUCAACACCGAAGUGGGACAGAUUGCCGAGAUGCUGCGCAGCCGUGGCCGAGUGACUGAAGGAUCCAACGCCGUCGUCCGUUCCUGGAACCGUUUCAAGAAUGGCUUCAAGGUCGUUUUGGGUCUGGAAGGAACUCCCCUGCAGAUCAAGCUGAGCAAGUUCGCUCUGCUACUUUUCGCUCUGGCCAUUCUCCUCGCCGUCAUCGUCUUCUCCGCGGCCAAAUGGGACGUUCGAGGCGAAGUCCUCAUUUACGGCAUCUGCGUGGGCGUUGCCGUCAUCCCGGAAUCCCUUAUCGCGGUGCUCACAAUCACGAUCGCAGUCGGCACCAAGGCCAUGGCCAAAGGCAAUGUCAUUGUCAGGAAGCUCUCCGCUCUCGAGGCCGUCGGAGGGGUCACCAACAUUUGCUCUGACAAGACGGGAACCCUGACCCAGGGCAAGAUGAUUGCUCGGAAGGCGUGGAUCCCGGCCAUGGGAACGAUGACGGUCCACGACACUACCAAUCCGUUUGACCCUUCGAGUGGGUUUAUCAGGAUGAAUGACUGUGACAUCGAUAUUGAAGAAUUCGACGAGUCGACUCAUCUGAACACUUUCUUGAAGGCCAUCGCCCUAUGCAACCUCUCGUCCGUCUACAAGUCUUCUGCGGACGACGCCUCAAUCAGCACCACCUCAGAGGCCGGAUGGGUCAGCGUCGGCGAGCCUACAGAGAUUGCUCUCCAGGUCCUCGCGAUGCGCUUCGACUCGGGCAAGCCCACUCUAAUGGAGGACGGGAACUCGGAACUGCUGGCCGAGUUCCCCUUUGACUCCAACUUCAAGCGCAUGACGGUCAUCUACAAGGACAAGACCGAGCCUGCUGCCCACGCUUACAUGAAAGGUGCGGUCGAGGUCAUGCUUCCCGCUCUACUGAGUUCGGAUUCGGAGAAGAAGCAAAUAAGUGCCGUAGCCGAGGAAAUGGCCGGCAACGGCCUUCGCGUCCUCUGUGUCGGUCAUAAGCUGGUGCCGUACGAUGACCCGAAGCAACUCACCGAUCGAACUACCGCCGAAUCGAACAUGGAAUUCGUCGGUCUCGUAGGCCUGUACGACCCACCGCGCCUGGAGACGGCUGGAGCGGUGCGCAGGUGCCAGAUGGCCGGUAUCACAGUGCAUAUGCUGACGGGCGAUCACAUCAAAACGGCCACGGCCAUCGCGCAUGAGGUCGGCAUCUUGAGUGGUGCCGCACCUAAUGCCAACUCGGGGUCAGCCAUCAUGCCGGCAUCUGAGUUCGACAAGCUCUCGGAUACCGAGAUUGAUGCUAUCGAGACGCUACCCCUGGUGCUGGCCCGAUGCAGCCCCAAGACGAAGGUCCGCAUGGUCCAAGCCAUGCACCGCCGCAAAGCAUUCUGCGUCAUGACAGGCGACGGCGUGAACGAUGCCCCUGCCCUUCGCAUCUCGUCGGUCGGCGUGGCCAUGGGCAUGAACGGCAGCGAUGUGGCCAAGGAAGCGGCCGACAUGGUGCUGACGGACGACAACUUCGCAUCCAUCGUCAAAGCCGUCGAAGAAGGCCGGCGGCUCUUCGACAACAUCCAAAAGUUCCUGCUGCACCUCCUCAUCUCCAACAUCUCGCAGGUCCUCCUGCUGCUCAUCGGCCUCGCCUUCAAGGACGACGACGGCAGCUCAGUCUUCCCCCUCUCGCCCCUCGAGAUCCUCUGGGUCAACCUCAUCACCUCGUCGUUCCUCGCGCUGGGGCUGGGCGUCGAAGAGGCCCAACCAGACAUCAUGCUGCGCCCCCCGCACAGCCUCGCCGUCGGCGUCUUCACGCCCGAGCUCAUCGUCGACAAGUUCAUCUACGGCACCUUCAUGGGCUCGCUCUGCAUCGCCGCCUUCACGUCCGUCGCCUUCAGCGCCGACGACGCGCUCGGGCGCGACUGCAACGAGGGCUGGAACGACUCGUGCGGCACCGUCUUCCGCGCCCGCGCCACCACGUACGCGACGCUGUCGUUCCUGCUGCUCGUCACCGCGUGGGAGGUCAAGCACUUCAGCCGCAGCCUGUUCAACCUGUACCCGCACAUCCAGGGCGGCGGCGGCGGCGGCGGCGGGUCGAGGUGGGGGCUGUCCGUCUUCGGUGCCGUCUGGCGCAACCGCUUCCUCUUCUGGGCCGUCGUCGCCGGCUUCGUCAUCACCUUCCCCGUCGUCUACAUCCCCGUCAUCAACCGCGUCGUGUUCAAGCACGAGGCCAUCACGUGGGAGUGGGGCGUCGUCGUCGCGUGCGUGGCCGCGUACCUGGCUGCGGUCGAGAGCUGGAAGGCGAUCAAGCGGCGGUUCGGCUUGGGCAGCGGCAAGUACCGCUUGCUGACGGUGGAGGAUGCGGAGAUGAGGGCUGGUUUGGCGCCUGUGCCCACGGUGGAGAAAGUCUGA